GCUCUGUUCACUCGAAACGAAAGCAUCGCAGGCAACGUAUCAAGAAACUGCGACAGCAGGUGCAAUGGCAGUGACCACAGUAGCAGAUAUCGAGCGCCUGGCUAUGGCCAAGAUGGAAGAAGACACGAGGACCUACAUCUCCAUCGGGGCAGGCGAUGGACAGACCCUCAGGGAGAACAUCCAAGCCUUCAAAAGGCUGCGUUUCCGACCGCGGAUUCUCGUGGACGUGGAAAAGGUGAACACCGCAACCACCGUCCUGGGCCGUGCAAUAUCCUUUCCAGUGGGGCUGGCUCCAUCAGCGGCUCACAAGUUGCUAAACCCUGCAGGAGAGAUCGGCUCUGCUCAAGCGGCGCAGAACGCAGGUACGGUGAUGAUAUUGAGCAGCGUGAGCACCAUCACGCUCGAAGACGUCAGGGCUGGGGCACCCGGCUGUCAACUCUGGCAGCAGACGUACAUUUUUCCCAACCGGUCGCUCACCGAGUCGCUGGUCAAGAGGGCAGCUGCCCGAGGCUUCGCGGCCAUCGUAGUCACCGCGGACUCUCCCGUUUCUGGAGACGGCGUGCUGCGCCAUCCCUAUAUGUCACGACCGCCGCAUGGCCUCAGUUUGGCCAAUUUGGAGGCAUCAUAUACGGAUGAGGUUCAUGGAUGCAAGCUCCAGGAAUCAUAUACGAGGGACAAGGAGCGUCUGGCUUCGGCCUCGUUGAACGACAUCGAAUGGCUAUGCGGGCUCUCGAAGCUGCCCGUAGUCGUCAAGGGCGUCCUUACUGCCGAAGCGGCGCUCCAAGCACACCGCCACGGUGCAGCGGCCGUCAUCGUGUCCAACCACGGAGGCCGCCAGCUGGAUGGAACUCCGGCCACGAUUGACGUCCUGCCCGAGAUCGUCGCCGCUGUUGGUGACAAGAUGGAAGUAUACUUGGACGGCGGAGUGAGAAACGGCGCGGAUGUGGUCAAGGCACUCGCGCUAGGAGCUCGGGCGGUGUUCGCGGGACGACCUGUGCUGUGGGGACUCGCAUACGACGGCAAGCAAGGUGUCGACAGAGUGUUGCACAUAUUGAGAGAGGAACUUGAACACACUAUGCGACUCCUCGGUUGUUCUGACGUUAGGGACCUGUGCGAAGAAUUCCUCAUCACCAAAAAUCACUGUUCGGGACCAUUUCGAUCUACCCUAUAAGCGAGGAAGACAUGGUUGCAGGGCCUGUUCACUGGGAUGAUGGUGUAUGCGCUACAAAUUUGGGAGCCAUGGGAAAGAGAUGAGCCGGACAUGCUGCUUGGAUUGUUAGUGGAUGUUAGUAAUUGCCCUGAUCAACGACUAUUUCUUUUUUCUGUGACAUUUUUUGAGUCUCGGACUGGUUAUGUGCAUAUACUGAACAACGUUCAGUAGAGCAGAAACUUGCAGAAAUUUCUUAUUUUUCCACAUUUGUAAUCCAUGAUACCUAAACCUCUUGUUUAAAAGAAUAUGUACAUGAAUUUGCUGAAUAAAGAAUGCAGGU